AUGAGGGGCGCGAUAAGAGUGUCCUCAGCCCCUUCAGAGAAUGGCUGGGGCGGGGGGUCUCGGCAAGGACUUCUGCGAGAGGCCCUCGACUGUGCAGCCCCAGUGGAGAGCCGGACGCAAGGAAGAGGGGAUGACGGAGAAGGUGGAGGCGGGCACGGGCUAGCUGAGCGCGUCGCCCGCAGGAGGGCUCAGGUGGCUGGAAGGCGUUCGGACAGACGCCCGCGGUGCGCGCCGGGACGGGCGGCGGGGAGCCUCGGGACGCACGGGGACCGGACACGGGGAGGGAAGAGGCGGUGGCGGCGCGGGCUGCUGGGCGAGGGCUGCUGGGCUAGGGAGCCGCGGAGAGCUCGCGCGGAAGGAGGGCGGAGCCUCUAUUGUGCCGGGGCGGCGGAGAUGCAGCCAGUGACCGCGCGGAGGAGGAGGACCUGGAAGCGCACAGGGCUCGGGCGGAGGGGCACCCGGCGGACCCCGUCCCUGCUGGGACUCAGCUGCCGCGCGCCGGCUGGGGGUGACGUUGGAAGGGCUUUACUUUCUUCUCAUCUGAUCGCAAAAAUGAAACCCCAACCCUCAAUUGGAAGGCUGAAAAUAACAAAGAAUGUGAAGAUCACAGAAGGCUUAACAAAGGUUGCUACCCUCAAAGUGCCACAGCAUGAACAGAAGACUUGUCUCACAGAAGUCAACAGUCAUUGAGGAGAUGCAUGUAGACAUGGAGCAGAACCCCUGUGUGGUGGGCUGCAGACUGCUUCCUCCAACCUCCCUGCCCCAUCCCCACA